AUGCGUGAUUAUGCGGCCCACCUCGGUGAAAUCCGAGAGAGCGAGUAUCCAGCGGCAAAAGGCUACUUGGACAACGCUGCCUCUCCUCUUUAUGCAAAGAGCAUUGUCAUGGAGUCAGCGAAGACUCUGAUUGAAAAUCCGCUCGUCAAUCCGCACUCUCACAGCCGCUGGGGAACGGAAACUGCCAACAUGGUGGGGAGCGUUAGGAAGAAGGUUUUAGCUCUAUUCAACGCUAGUGAAAAAGAUUAUGCCAUUGUUUUCACAUCUAAUGCCACAGCAGCAGCCAAACUUGUUGGUGAGUGCCUGAGAAACAGUCACUAUGCCUUUUUGCGGGACUCCCAUACUUCCCUUGUGGGGCUCAGGUCACUAGCUGCCUCGUAUGAAGUUUUGGACGAGAUUGGACGCAGAAACUACGAGAACACUGUAGUUUCUUUCCCUCUUCAGUCAAAUUUUGAUGGGCAAAGAUACCCAGAGGACUGGAUCAAGCACAUUGCACACGGGGGUGGUUUAUCCUUAGUUGAUCUUGCGGCAUACUGUGCAACAACCAUACCUGAUCUUUCAGAGAUUAAGCCGGAUUUUGCUGUGCUUUCAUUUUACAAGAUAUUCGGGUUACCUGAUCUUGGUGCUCUCAUCGUAAAACGAGGUGCCGCUACUCACGAGCUUUUGAGUCAAAGACGGUACUUCGGCGGCGGCACUGUGGCAGUCGUGACUGCAGAGAAAAACUUUAUGAUUCGGUCUAUUGACAUUUCCACUAGUCUUGAAGAUGGUACGCUCCCUUUCCACAGUAUUUUGAUGCUCGGGGUGGCUAUCAAGGAGUUCAAACGAAUAUUCGGGUCAUUCGAGGCAAUCUCGAAUCAUACGCAGAAAAUUGCGCUCUACUGUAGAGACCAAUUGAAUAAAACUGGACUUGUUGACAUCAUUUCACCAAAGAAUAGUGGUCCAGUAGUGACGUUCACUCUCAAGCAUGGUGGAUAUCGAGAUCUGGAGCUAAUCUUGAGUGAGUUUAAAGUGCAGCUUAGGACAGGCACUCUAUGCAAUAUCGGUGCGUUCGUGAAACAUUCAGAAUUCACAGAGGAAGAUCUUAUUCGAAAUCAUAUACAAUAUGGCAAAACUUGCAAUGAUGGUCAUGAUAUUUUGGAUGGUCACCAUACCGGCGUCGUUCGAGCCAGCUUCGGCCCAUACACUAGCACGGAAGAUGUCGAUAUGCUUGCCAAAUGUAUCGUUGAGUUUUUCUCGGAGGGUGAAUUGCUGCAGAGACCUAUACCUUGCUCUUACGGGACGGUAACCGAGCUUGUUAUAUACCCAAUUAAGUCCUGCGCUGGUACCAAAGUCUCCGAGACAAUCAUUACAAGCGCUGGAUUAAAAUGGGAUCGUGAGUUCUGUUUGGUAGGACUGGAAGAUGGCAAAAUUCUACGGUUGAAGAGGUUCCCCAAAAUGGCUCUGCUCCGAUCCAGAGUUGAUGAAGGUGAAAGAAAGCUACACAUUCAGUUCCAGAACAAACAUGCUACCGUAGCAUUGGACGUAGUUCACUGGAGCGACCACGAAAAUGCUGAUGGGGAAAGCUGCUCUAAAACUUCUGAUCUCAUAUGGAACCAUGAUCCAGAAUUAAUUCGUUUUUUGUCUUCUGCUAUCGGAACAUCAUGCACCUUAGCCAAAGCAGCACCGAGUGAAAGGUUUGCCAAAGAGAACAAAGAACAGGCACUAGCGAAUAGUAGUCCCUUGUUAUUUGUCUCGCAAAGCAGUUCGCAUGAACUAGGAAUCAACCACGACGUGUUUAGAGGCAACAUUAUCUUUACAGCACCUGCCUUUGCCGAAGAUAGUUGGAGGGGAGUCACAAUCAACGGCUCACCAUAUAGCUUCUCCAGUCCCUGUCAGCGUUGCAACAUGAUAUGUUUCACACCGGACGGAUCAUCGGAUGCAACGCCAUACCUUAUUUUAACGAAGCACCGCAAAACCCACGGUAAAAUCUAUUUCGGACAAUUGGGCGAACUUCUUAAAAGAGAUGGUACCGCCAUUGUCAAAGUUGGAGACGCAUUGAACCCCAUUUUACCAAUCUAG